UUAGCUGGCUGUCAUAUUACGUCAUUUGAAAUUUGUUCGUUGCUCGUCUUGUUGGUUGUUGUCUUUUCUUCUAGUUUCCCACUGAACAAGAAUAGUGAAUUGACCGAACAAGAAAAAUGAACAGUAGCACAGUAGAACACAAGGCACUGUUAGAGUAGGAUGGGUGAUAUUUUAAGGUUACGAUGUUAAUAGAUCUAAAAUGAAUUUUAUGGAUAGUUUUAUUAUUUGACUUACUUCUCGUUCUAUAUAAUUAUAUUUAAAAAAAUAUAUACUAUUAGCAUGGCAAGACUGAAAGAAGCUACAUUAUCAGAUUCCACCAUCGAUAGUAGUGAUGACGAUGACGUGGAAACUUUCCAGAACAACUUUGACAAUAACACAUUUAACCUCAAUAAUUACAAUCCGAACAGAAGAAGUAGCGACUAUGAGGUUAACCGAAGCAGUCUCAGUGAGUCGAACCGACUGAGCUUCAACAGUGACGCUGACAAUCCUCUGAGUGACCCCGAGAGUAUUAAAGACCACCAAUCAGAGAGUAACCAACAAAAUUCAGAAUCAACGAG